GGAGCGUCUGUAGUGGAAGCUGUGAGUCACGAUGCUGGUGACGAUGUCAAGACGUCACACACACUUACACUCAGACACACACACACUCACAUCCCUCGCCAUAACGGAUGGACAUGGCGUCUUGAUGUUACAGAGAAGAGAAUUGAGUGAGUUUCUGUGUUUCAGGAUCUUCUCUGGUCACAAACAGGUGCCAUUACUUUCUGUUAGUCUGAAGAAAAAUCAUUAGAGGAGAAGUUGUUGGAGAACUGAAGACUUUACCACCAAGUGACUCUGGAGCCAUGAGAGGAACUUAAAUGUUUGGACAUGUUCCUGAUGUUAUUCAUUCUCCAUGAUGAUCUCAGUGGAAGGAUGUCCUUCAGACUUAAUCUGAGCUCCUUGAUGUUCUUCAGGACUGCCUGCAUCUCCUGAUUUUCCUAGACCCAGUUCCUCAGAUAAUGCAUUGCAGUAAAGAUACAGAGCUUUUAAUCUUCUCAGAGUGGUAAUAUUUUUUUACCAUAACAUUUAAUAGAGCAGAAACCCAUCAGCAGCAGUUAGCAGAAUCAUCGGAUAGACAUGUAGCUUUCAGAACAAGUCUUCAUCUCUGGUUUCUCUGCAGGCUGUAGAGUUUCUAAAGCUCAGCUAGAUCCCUUCUCUGGUUCCUCUGCGUGUUCUUGCCGAUGUCGUGGUCGUGAUGGUGGUAACUCAGUUAGAACUCGAGCUCUGUUACCAGGGCAAGAAGCUGCGAGGUUUCACCUGUAAACUGACGCGAUCUGCACACGGUUUUCUUCCUGAGAGCUCGUACCUGAUCGCCGCUCAGGUGGCUCUGCCGUACCUGGUGUCCGGACUCGGGAUGGUGGCAGCCGGAAUGCUCAUGGACAUUGUUCAACACUGGGAUGUGUUUAAAGUUAUCACUGAGGUGUUCAUCCUGGUUCCUGCUCUCGUCGGUUUGAAGGGAAAUCUGGAGAUGACUCUGGCGUCUCGUCUCUCUACCGCAGCCAACACGGGGCAGAUGGAUGAUCCGAAACAGCAGUGGUUAAUGGUGUGCAGCAAUCUGGCACUAAUACAGGUCCAGGCCACAGUGGUUGGGUUCUUGGCAGCAAUGGCGGCGGUGGUUCUGGGUUCCAUGUCGAGAGGAGGAGUGGAGCUGCAGCAGGCGGCUGUACUGUGUGCUAGCAGUGUGACCACCGCCUUCAUCGCCGCUCUGUCCUUAGGUUUGGUGAUGAUCGGUGUAAUUAUCGGCUCCCGAAAGGUCGGCAUUAACCCUGAUAAUGUGGCCACGCCCAUCGCCGCCAGUCUGGGAGAUUUAAUCACACUGUCCCUGCUGGCAGGAAUCAGCAGCACACUCUACCACUACAGAGAUGUGUGGUAUGUGUCUCCAUUGGUCUGUGUGUUCUUCCUCUCACUGAUUCCUGUCUGGGUUCUUGUGGCUCGUCGCAGUGUUCAGAUUAGAGAGGUGUUGCGGUCGGGAUGGCAACCUGUUAUAGUGGCCAUGUCCAUCAGCAGUGUCGGAGGUCUGAUUCUGGACAGAACCAUCAGUGAUCCGAACUUUGAGGGCAUGGCUGUGUUCACACCGGUCAUUAACGGUGUGGGUGGGAACCUGGUGGCCAUCCAGGCGAGCAGAAUCUCCACCUACCUGCACUUCUGGAGCAUUCCCGGAGUUCUGCCCUAUAAGAUGCGACAGCACUGGCCGAACCCCUGCGUGUCCUUCUUCUCUACAGGAGUAAACUCUAAAUCUGCCCGUGUGCUGUUCCUCCUCGUUGUGCCGGGUCACCUAGUCUUCCUCUUCACCAUUAACACAUUACAGGGAGGCCACGCCCCCAUCACCCCGCCCUUCGUCUGCUGCUAUCUUUGUGCUGCACUGAUUCAGGUGGCGCUGCUCCUCUACACGGCCGACGUGAUCGUGAGGUUCAUGUGGAGGAGAGGUCUGGACCCUGAUAACUUCUCCAUCCCGUACCUUACUGCUUUGGGGGAUCUGCUGGGAACCGGCCUGCUCGCUCUCUGCUUCCACCUCGUGUUCCUCCUGCAGGGACUCGGACUGUGAUUAGACCAUCAGAUCCUCCUCUUCCUCCUCCUCACACCCUCCACGACAGGAACUCUGCGGCGCCUCCUGAUGGAACCUGACUGACCUGCAGGUUUAAUAGAGGCUCCAGGAGAAAAAGAACCCAGCUCACAGCUCAAGAGAACAGAACCGUUCCCACUGUGAGGUUCCAGGUUCUGUAGGGUCCAGAAGAGUUUAGAACAAACUACAUCUGAUUAAACUGUUAUUUUUAAUUAAUAAAUAAUGGAUUAAAACCUGAAGAUUCUC